AUGGUGAUUUUCAUCAAAGUGCCUGCUGAUGAGCAAACUAAAGACCUUCACAUUUUGCAGAAAAUUGCAGAUCGAAUAAAGGUGGAUAGAGAAGGUUAUGAAUUUGAAAUUGCUAGAAGAAUACUGGAAGUGCUCGAAGGCAAAAGAUAUUUGCUGAUUUUAGAUGGUGUAAGGCGCACACCCGAUGGGAUUUGGGAAAAAUUGGACAUUUCAAAAGACAUCAAAGAUAGUAAGGUGGUGAUAACGACUCAUUAUCCUCUUGCUUUGAAGUCAAAAUGUGUUCAAAGGAAAGUCCAGCUCGAAAGGUUAUCUACUAAUGAAGCAUGGAAGAUGUUUCGAGACAUUGUUGGUGACAACCUUUUACCAGACAUACCAACAGCUCGACAAGUAUGCACGAGGUUCUGCUCGUGUCUUCCCCUCCUUAUAAGUCCUAUUGCAAGGUCUUUUAAAUAUCAAGAGUCUCCCACUGAUUGGCAGAGCGCUUUCAGUGAAUGGACACCUUGGCCUGAAGUUGGAGUUGAUGGUUUAAAAGAGUUAUACUCAAAUUUGGAAAUCUGUUAUCAACUGUUGGGUGACGAAAGUAAACAAAAAUGCUUCCUUUAUGCUUCACUAUAUCCUGCAAAUAGCAAGAUAUACACAAAUUACUUAGUGGAGUGUUGUAUAGUUCAGGGCUUUCUUGGUGAUGUUGAUGAAGCUACCAAGUACAGUGCCAUGCGCAGCCGAGGUACUAAGGUAAUAUUGAGGCACCUUGUAAAUGUCGCAUUCUUGGAGGAAGGGGAACAAAUGAGGUAUAUUAAAAUGAAGGAUCUCUACAGGCAACUUGCUUUGUAUAUAUCAUCCAAGUUUUCAGAUUUAGAAUGUAGAACUUAUGUUGAUAAUGAAGAACAUGACGAGCCCCUUAGAUCGAAAUCAUGGCAGCAUGCCAGAUGGAUUUCCAUGGUUAGCAGUAAAAGGGAUGGUCUACCAACAAACCAAAAUUGUGGGAGUCUUCAAACACUGUUGCUACAAAAGAAUCUAAAGUUGGUUGAAAUCCCACCGGCCUAUUUUGGUAGCAUGGGCAAUCUUAUUGUGUUAAACUUGUAUGGUACCAAAAUAAGGAGUUUACCAUCUUUGUCAGGAUUAACUAAGCUCAAGGCAUUCUAUCUAAAUGGUUGUUUAGACUUGACGAUAAUUCCAUCUCAGGUCCAACCACUUAGACACCUUGAGGUUUUUGACAUUCGAGAUACUAGAGUGAAUUUUGUGCCAUGUUUGGAAAGUUUGCGGUGCCUAAGAAUCUCAUACAUUGGAAGCCUCAAUCAAAGGGGAGAUGCAAGUAAUGAUCAUCCAAUUUCAGUGGUUCAGAAAUUAGAAGAAUUGACCAUCGAAGUGAAAUCCCUACCGCAAUGCUGUAAUGAGGUUGAAAUUGUUAUGCAAAAAUUUGCUUCUUUAAAAAACCUAACAACUUUCAGAUGCAAAUUUCCUUCCUCAGAAACCCUCGAAAAAAUCCGGAAGACUAUCGAAUCAUGGAGAGAUGAGAAGCAAUUACUUCAUUUCAAGUUUUUGUGGGAUGUGAAGACUCAAAACAUUUGA